GUCAUAAAUUAUCCCAGAAUUUGGUUUGCUGGACUUCCUAACCCUCAAAGUUUUCAGGUGUCGUUUGGCGAAUGCGAUUCGGAUGGAGACUGUAAUAGUCUGUGUCGUGCCCUAUCGGACGUGUCCGUAGUGGAUUCGUGUGAAGUUCCACGAGAAUCAAGUGGCAUCCCACUAUCAAGGAAUACUCACUGUCAAAUAUGUGGUAAAGUAUACCCAAUGCUUGGUGUUUUACACCCUGAAGACGCCGAGCAUCGAUGCAGGUUGUGUAUGCAGUCGGUGUGCCAUCAAUGCUCGCGCCAACGUUAUCAUACCACCGAGGAUGACGGUAAAGGUGUGCAGCGUCGUAUCUGUGACCGAUGCUACGAGAAGGUGAUCCCCUUAGCUGAUGAAGAUAUUGAGCAUCAGGUGGGUAUUUAG